CGGAAUUUCUACCGGCAGAAUAGUCCCGGCGUUCGUACGAUACGGUUCUACGAUAGUAGUGAGCAAGUGUAAAUCGAAUGAGAGUGAGAGACAGAGAACAAGAGAAAAAAGAGAAAAGAGAGAUAGAGUAUGAGAAGGGGAGGCCGGACGGAGGGGUGACGCAAAGCUGAGGUGGUUGCGUCUCAUUGUAUUCGCGGCUUCAGCUUCUAUCGUUCUCUCUCGCAGUACUGGAAUACUCCGGAAUACGCGACGUCAAGUGAUCACUUUUGAGACGCCCGCGAUCAAUCGUGAACAGAGACUCUGAGUGAGCUACGAAAAAUAGACAUCGCAGUGAACAGUAGUGCAAAGUUAACCGCGCUCGUGACAAUUUUCGAGAUAAAGAUCCUCGGGGAUUUAAGACGCGUUUCUCUCCGGGAUUCUUCUUUCGGAAGCGCGUGACUGUCUCGCCGAACGGGAGUGACCUUGCUCCGAAACGAGCAAUGCAGAUACGAGAGCCGCUGGCGUGCCGCUCAACAUGUAAAUCAUGAGCGAUACGCGCGUUUACUUUUGUUUUGUUUCGUUUGUCCCGGCGCGCGCGCCGGCAUAGUUCGAAUCUCGUUAUCGAAAGCGUUCCCGGCACCGCGGUGGGAGCUAGCGAGUGAUACCGUCCCCGCUGUCGUCGUCAUCGUCGUCGACACGUCGUCCAGCCGAGGCCGACGAUGCCGCACGCAGUGAUCGCGAUUUCCCGAGCGACAUUGAGUUGGAUAUUCGCGUCUGGAAUCAGUACGAUCAUAUGAUAAAUGUAGAACACGCUGUAUCCCCGUUUUCUUUUUGUUUUCUCCUUCCUUCUCUCUUUUUUAUUUGAUCCCUUCUCUCACUUACCCCCACCUGUCACCACUGGCUCAGCUGUCGACCAAAUCACUAGGCAUAUUGUUUCACCCCCGCCGAGACUGAACCAACACAUGUGACUUAUCUCAUGGUGUCGUUUCGUGCUACCACCGUCGUCGUGUCCUUAUGAUAUCUCGCGUGGCUUUACCGUGUCACGGGACAAGGGCAAUUCAGGAGGUGAUGAGGUGAAACAAUCGAAAACGGGCGUGUGGCAGGUACUCAUGUUUUCGUCCGUUUUCCUUCUGUUCGUGUUGUGUACAAGCUACUGUUUGAUCGUGUGUAUUACGCGUGCGGGUAAACGACGAUUGAAGCGCGUGACUUGACGGCCAAGAGACGGAGGGAGAGGACAAUAUGAGUGAAAUGACGAGUGCCGUCGAAACGCAACAGCAGCAGUACGUAGGCAGUAGCUCGAAUGCGGAGUAUCAUUGCAAGGAUUGCCGUCUCACCUUGGAUAGCGAGAAGAGUCUGGAAGUGCAUCUGCGCUAUCACCACGAAAAUUUGUUAAAGUGGGGCAAUAAGACACAGCAGGAGGAAAGCAAUAAUAAUAACAAGACUGGUAAUCAUAAUAGCCACGUGAGCGCCAACUCGGACAGCGUGCCGGCGGACUCGAGCGAGCCAUCAUCAAUGUCGCCCUCUCAGGAUCCAACAUCAUCGCAACAACAAGCACAACAACAGCAGCAACAAUCACAACAACAACAACAACCACAACAACAACCACAGCCUGCCAUACAUACAGUUCUAUGUCCGCCAUACGAUCAAUUUCGAUCAAUGUAUAACGACAGCAGCUACAUGCAGAAUUACGUGCAGAACGAUCAGACAUACAUCAUGUCUCAUACCUAUUCGCCAUCACAGGAAGACGGUCAGAGUAACGGCGGGCGCGACGGUUAUCCGCGCUAUAACCCGUAUCAGCAAUUGUUUCCUUCGGAUCGCGGGACUUCUAACUCUACCAGCCCGCAAAGCCCGCCUUUUCAAUGCGACAAGUGCGGCGUUGUUUAUGAGGACGCGAAUCAAUUAGGCGAGCACAUGAGAACGAGUCAUUUAAACUCGCCUACUGCGUAUCCAUCUGCGCCUCAGUAUCAGCAGCUGGGUAACAGUCCUCAGCAGCAGGGCCAGCAGUUGCAUCCGUCGCCGCCUCUCUCGAAUCAACCACAAGCCGGCUACGAUUACAACGGACAGACGAUCAAAUCCGAGAUGAAGCAGGAACAGCCCGAGGAGCAAGCUGAGAUUCUUGACUUGGAUUCUCAUAAAGUGCAAACGCACAGAUACGAGGAGGAGAUCAUGAGGUUGCAGCAGCAGCAGCAACACCAGCACCAGCAUCAGCAACACCAAGGACUUCAAAUGCAGAUGCAUCAUCAACAGGUGAUGCAACAGCAGUCGCUUCCGGAUCAAUACAUGCGCGGUCAACACAUGCCUGUGGAGCACGGGCAUCAGGGUUCGCCGAUAAUCACGAGCACGCAACCGAUGUCGGGCCAUCAGAUGCCCACGGGAUUCGUGCAGCAAACACCGAAAGCACCGUUGGCGAAUCAAUCCUGGAAAAGCAACGAGCCGCGUCGCCCAAAGACGUACAAUUGCACUGCGUGCAACAAGUGGUUUACAAGCUCAGGACAUCUGAAGAGGCAUUAUAAUACUACGCUACACAAGAACGCUGUCAAAAAUGGAAAGGAGCCUGAUCCAGCAACUUUGCCGAUCACUGCUCAUCAUCAUCCUACUAGAGAGAAUAACGCUGGUCAUUCGACGAGCGGCAGAGGCAGCGGCGCUCCCGCGCGUUCUCCACCGGAGCUAUCUUCACGGAGUCCCCCAAACUUGAUGGCAGGUCCCUCGGGCGAGGCGACGGGGGGCCUGCUUCACACGCCCACCACGCUCUGCAACAAUUCCAACAGCAGCAACAGCAGCAACGAAUCUUUAGUAGUCCUGGUGCAGCAGCAGCAGCAGCAGCAGCAGCAGCAGCAGCAGCAACCCCACCUGGUUCAUGUGGGAAUCAAUUCCCCGGUGUCGCCGCUAGUGGGACACCAUCAGCAACAAAUGGGUACUGCGCCUCAGCAACUGGGCCUCCAGCAGCAGCAACAGCAGCCCCACCUGCCAACGGGUUCGUCGGGCCAGCCGGUGCAUCAUUCCACGACUUCGCCCAUGCCCCCGCCGGUGGCAUCGCACAUGAAUUGUCCUUCGCCAAUGGCCUUAUCAUCCCACCCGGUUCAUCACAUGAACUCGCCGCCCGGGUCGGUCCAUCCGGCAAUGACUUCGCCCACAGCGAUGGAGGGUACUACGAUGCCUCAUCAGCAGUACCCAAACGCCUUGCCCCCCCACGUUACAGUUACUACCAACCCGGUGGCCCCGCUGUCUAUCCAAGCGGCUACCAUGCAGCUACAUACUACUGGUAACGAGCAAGACGAGCGGCCACAACACCGCUCGUUGCCCGAUUUUAGAACUAUCGCGCCGGUUUACACUGAAUUACAGCUCGUAGAUCAAAACCAGAUACAAGUCUUUAACGUGGGGGGGCUAAAGGAGGAGAUCAUUCCUCAAGAGUCCUUUGAAUCUUCAGUACCGACCUAUGACUUAUAUCAGUCGAUGCGUUACAAGACGUUGACCGAUGAAAUGAUGACGUUGCAGAUAAAUCCAAACGGCAUAAUGCAAGGUCAAGAAUAUCUCUGCCAGAACUUUCAGAAAAUUAAUAUCGAGUAUAACAAUAAUAUAGUGUACGUGGGACAGGCGAAGGAAGAUUUGGACCCGAAUGUCGGUGUGCCAAUCAAGAAACAGCCAGUCAAGAAAAGUAAAGGUACCACAAACAAGCGCAAGGUUGUUCAAGUCAGGACUACCAAUGCUAGAUUUAUAUCUAAAGACGGCUGCCACAUGUGCAUCGACUGCAAUAAGGCCUUUACCAAACCCUGUUACUUGACGCAGCAUAACAAGAGCUUUCACUGUGGCGAUAAGCCUGUUAAAUGCACGCAAUGCGGCAAACGGUUCUCGAACAAUGAGCAGCAUGAUAAGCAUCAAGGAAUGCACUCGCAAGCGAGGAAGCACAAAUGCGAAGAGUGCCCAAAGGUAUUCGCUCACAAAACUGACCUCAAGCGACAUAAUUGCGUCCACACUGGUGAUAGGCCGUUUACAUGUGAGACUUGCGGCAAGGGAUUUAUCAGGCAGGACCACAUGAAGAAACAUCAGGACACACACAAAAGAAAAAUGCAGAUGAACGCCAAUCGAAAUGCGGCCCAGCGGUACAGAGAAAU